AUGGCAGAUGAGAUCACCAAGACUCAGGUCACCCGGCCUGGGGACAACACCAUCUUCAGGAAUAUCAUCCGCAAGGAAAUCUGGGUCAAAAUCAUUUCUGAAGAUGACCAGUGUCUUGCCUUCCAUGACAUUUCCCCUCAAGCAACAACACAUUUUUUUGUAUCCAACUGAGUGCAAAUUAAAACCUCACAUACAGUUCAGAUUUCUGCAGCAGAAGAUGAUGAUGAAAGUCUUCACGGACAUUUAAUGAUUGUUGGCAAGAAAUGUGCUGCUGAUCCAGGCCAAAAGAAUGGUUAUCAAAUGGUGGUAAAUGAAGGUGCAGAUGGGGGACAGUCUGUCUAUCAUGUUCAUCUCCAUGUUCUUAGAGGUCAGCAGAUGAACUGGCCUCCCAAUUAA